AUGGCUUGCGUACGCUCCUUCGCACGUCUAGCGACCAGGCGGACAGCUGUCCGACCUGCAGUUUUCGCCCGCGGCUUUGCCUCUGUCACCGACGUCCACGCACGCGACCCCAUCUCCAAGGUUGGCGAGAAGAUUGUCCCUGACGCAGCACGGAAGCCUGUCUCGGAGAAGGAGACUUCGACAAUCAAGGAGCCAGAGCCUACCAAGGAUGCGAAGACCAAAACUUUCCACAUCUACCGCUGGAACCCAGAUGAGCCAUCAUCCAAGCCAAAGAUGCAGUCAUAUACCCUUGAUCUAAACAAGACGGGGCCCAUGAUGUUGGAUGCGCUCAUUAGAAUUAAGAACGAAGUCGACCCAACCUUGACCUUCAGGCGGAGUUGUCGUGAGGGAAUUUGCGGAAGUUGCGCCAUGAACAUUGAUGGUGUCAACACCCUCGCAUGCCUUUGCCGUAUCCCCACAGACACAACCAAGGAAUCUCGCAUCUACCCGCUACCCCACAUGUACGUCGUCAAGGACCUCGUGCCUGACAUGACGCUCUUCUACAAACAAUACCGCUCCGUCAAGCCCUACCUCCAGCGCACUACGCCCGCUCCCGACGGCCGCGAAUACCGUCAAACCAAGGAAGACCGCAAGAAGCUCGACGGCCUCUAUGAAUGCAUUCUCUGCGCCUGCUGCUCAACAUCCUGCCCAUCAUACUGGUGGAACCAAGAAGAAUACCUCGGCCCUGCCGUCCUCCUCCAAUCAUACCGCUGGAUCGCUGACUCGCGAGACGAGCGCAAGGCCGAGCGCCAGGAUGCCCUCAACAACAGCAUGAGCUUGUACCGCUGCCACACCAUCUUGAACUGCUCGAGGACUUGCCCCAAGGGCCUCAAUCCUGCUUUGGCUAUUGCUGAGAUCAAGAAGAGCAUGGCUUUUGCUUAG